GCGCGAGAUCCCUUCCCUAAAAUGGCGGCCUCCAAGGACGGUUGUGACUUUGGUGAAGAGGCCGCGGGGAACAGGCCGCGGCUCCAUCUGGGGAUUCCUGAAGCCGUGUUUCUGGAAGACAUCAAUUCCUUCAUGAAACAGCCUGGGAAUGAGACGGUGACCUCUGUGCUGAAGAAGCUGGAUGAACAGUACCAGAAGUAUAAGUUUAUGGAACUGAACCUCGCUCAAAAGAAAAAGAGACUAAAAGGCCAGAUUCCUGAAAUCCAGCAGACUUUAGACAUUCUAAAAUACAUGCGGAAGAAAAAAGAGUCUACUGAUUCACUGGAGACCAGGUUUUUACUCGCAAAUAACCUGUACUGCAAGGCUUUAGUGCUCCCUACCAAUAACGUGUGUCUCUGGCUGGGGGCUAAUGUAAUGCUUGAAUAUGAUACUGAUGAAGCUCAGGCACUGUUGGAAAAGAACUUAUCGACUGCCACAACCAACUUUAAUUCCCUUGAGGAAGACCUUGACUUUCUUCGAGAUCAACUUACUACCACAGAAGUCAACAUGUCCAGGGUUUAUAACUGGGAUGUGCAGAGAAGAAACAAAGAUGGCUCUACCAAGAACAAACCAUAAUGCUGGCAACUAAAACUGUAGUAUUUUACUUGCUCAAAGUUUAUCCUUAAAGGCUGGCAUAAUUUUGAAUGAUUUUUAACAGCAAGGGCAAUAAUUAAAACUUUCAAAAAGAGAUGAACAAAACAUUGCAUGCUUAUUAGUUUCAAAUAUUUUAUGAAAUUAGAAGUUUUGGCUCCCCCACAUUUCCAAAAAGAUAAAUGCAGAUUUCAUCUUUUUUUUUUUUUCUCAUAAGAAAAAUCGUCAGUGAAAUGGCUGAAAACUUUGGGGUAUGCUAUGAAAGUUGAAUUCUGGUCAUGUUUGAAUUCUUCACAGUUUACUUUUUUUUACUUUUUCUUUGUUGGCUGACACUCUAACUUGUGGUUAAACCAGUUUCCCCAGUAGGGGAAAACAGUUUGAAUAUUUGCAAACUUGUUUUUUUUUUUUUUUUUUUCUCUUUUUUUUUUUUUUUUAAUAUUAAAUUUUAUUUUUAUAUUCCCCCAUACAAUUGCAAACGCCCCAUUCUGACCCCAAUCCUUCCCCUCCCGCCCCCCACCCCCCAAAAAGUGUCUCUGGUUCAUAGAAACUUGUUUUUCUUUAAUACUUGUGGGGGCUUUCUGGUGUUCUGUGGUUAUCUAUAUCUCAUGUAAAUGGAGUAUCACAAAUUACUGCUUAGCCAAUAACCAUUUAUUAUAUCAGUCUGUACUUUCCAGGAAAUGGUAAUUUGCCUUCCUAAACAGUGUCUUUGCUGAAGGGCCUCUUGUUCAACAUGAAUAAUAAAAUUACUCUUAGCUAAGGUGGUUUUGUAUUUCUUAACAAUUCAAAGCAGCGAAAUGGUAAAACUAAGACACACAUAAGUGUGUAAUGGUUGAAAAUAGUUAUG